AUGUGUCUGGAGCUCUCAGCGAAACGACAGAAUGAAGGAAAAUCCGAUCAAAAGGACAUUAAGGAAGAAGUUGUGACGGGAACCCAUCAGGCACUUGCGAAUAGUACGAAUCAACACAUUUUUCUGCAAACGCUCCGCGUAAAAAUGGAAAACUCUCAGAUAAAACGAUACGUGCGCGCGUUGAUAGAUACGGGAUCUCAAAAAUCGUAUAUUUUAAAGUCCACAGCUGAAUUUUUGAAGUACAGGUCCAAAAGACAGAUUAACAUUAUUCAUGGGUUGUUUGGCGGAAGUGAGUUAUCUCAGAAGCACGACUGUUAUGACGUCACAGUAAGCAACAACAGCUAUAGUUGUACUUUUGAAGCUUUGGAUCAACCCGUAAUUUGCAACGAAGUUUCUGCUGUAUUUCAUGGUGUCUGGACGGAAGAACUUCGCUUGUUAAAUAUCCAGAUAUCGGAUUCAUAUGACGAUGCCCCUAUAGAACUUUUAAUAGGUUCCGAUAUUGCAGGAAAGCUGUACACAGGAAAACGAUAUGUUCUGAAAUGCGGGCUGGUAGCCAUCGAAACACUACUAGGCUGGACCAUGAUGGGCAAGAUACCCCUGGAAAAACCUCAAAGCUUGUCUAUGAUUUCUGUUUCCCUUUUCGUUAACAAUGCCUCGAUUACUAAUCUCUGGGAACUUGAUGUUUUAGGUAUAAACGAUCCUGCUGAAAGAAUGACUCGUGAGGAAACAGCGUUGGCAGCUAAAGAAUUUUUCCUGGAAACCAUCACAAUCGACGUAGAAGGUCGGUAUGAAGUUAGACUGCCGUGGUUAGAAGGACAUCCGGCAUUACCAAGCAACUAUCAGAUGGCUAAGAAGAGAUUGGAGAAUACUGUUAAGAAAGUUAUUAAUGACGGAUAUUUCGAAGCGUAUGACCAGGUGUUUAAAGAUUGGCUGAACGAAAAUAUUAUCGAAGAAGUUUUCGAGAUACAACCUACAAAGGUGGCUCACUACUUACCACAUAGGCCGGUAAUAAAACCCAGCAGCGCGACCACAAAAAUAAGGCCUGUUUUUGACGCUUCAGCCAGAGAAAGAGACAGCCCCUCUUUGAAUCAGUGCCUCGAGAAGGGUCUGAAUUUGAUUGAAUUGAUUCCUGAUAUCUUGCUAAGAUUCAGGCGACAGAGAAUUGGUGUAGUCUCAGACAUUAGAAAAGCCUUUUUACAGAUUAGCAUACAUGAGGCUGAUAGAGACUUCCUUCGUUUUUUAUGGUCUGACAGUGAGGGUAAACAAAUAGUGUAUCGCCAUCGUCGUGUGGUGUUCGGAAUCAACAGUAGUCCGUUUCUCUUAGGGGCCACAAUAGAGUACCAUUUGUCCAAGAUGUUGAAGGAAUCUGAUUCCAAACCUUUUUCAAAGGAUACCAUCAUGAAAUUGUCAGAUGGUUUUUACGUUGAUAACUGCGUAACCAGUGUUGCAAAUGACAAAGAGUUGAGAACAUUUGUCGAAGAGGCUAGUAUCGUAAUGGCUGAAGGCAAGUUUGAUUUAAGAGGGUGGGAGCACACUCAUCAAGUCCAAGAUGGCAAUCUUGAUAUUUCCACUUCCGUGUUGGGAAUGAAAUGGAACAAAGAGAACGAUACGUUAAGCCUAAACCAAGACGAUAACACCACAGAGCAAUUCGAAAAUAAACUCGUGACUAAGAGGAUGAUGCUAUCACAAGCUCAGAGAGUAUUCGAUCCUAUUGGUUAUACUUGUCCUACAACGCUAAUACCAAAAUUGUUGCUUCAAAAGACAUGGGAAAAACAGCUUACUUGGGAUACACCGGUCGACCCUAUAAUUGAAACACAUUUUCGAAGGUGGAUGGAGGAGUUGCCGUAUUUAUCAACUAUUAGAAUCCCUAGAUGGAUACAUGCGGGCUCCGAAGAAGCAGACCAAUGGGCCUUGCAUACAUUUUGUGACGCGAGCAAGGAAGCUUUCGCUGCAGUUGUUUUCUUAAAGGGAGUGCAGAAUGGCGAGGUAUUUGUACAUAUUUUGGCAGCCAAGGCGAGAGUAGCGCCUUUAAAAACAUGGUCAAUACCUCGACUCGAGUUGAUGGCAGCUAUCAUAGCAGUUCGACUAUACACAAUGUGCAGAAAGAAUCUAAAUAGUGAACUAGAAAGUUUUUUCUGGAGUGACUCGACAACAGUACUCAGUUGGAUUAGAAGACCAGAAGAAUGGUCAACAUUUGUUUGGAAUCGGGUGAAGGAAAUUCGGACAGCAUCUUCGGACAAAAAUUGGCAUCAUGUUCCUGGUACGCUGAAUCCAGCUGACUUCCCAUCUCGAGGUUGUUCUGCGAAACAAUUGCUCGAAUCGAGAUAG